GUCAGAAGUAGGACUAAGUAGUAAGUACCCAAUACCUCUUACUUUGUUAUUUUUGUGUUAGUUUAUCUUGUGCAUUGUCUUGAGUACUAAUUUAUCAAUAUAAUUAUUGAUUUAAACCGAAAAUGCUAGAAGUAACCUGUAACGAUCGACUAGGAAAGAAGGUUCGUGUUAAAUGUAAUCCUGAUGAUACCGUUGGCGACCUCAAGAAGUUAAUAGCAGCUCAAACUGGAACACGAUACGACAAAAUUGUCUUAAAAAAGUGGUACACCGUGUUCAAAGAUCACAUCAAACUAUCUGAUUAUGAAAUUCAUGAUGGGAUGAACUUGGAGCUGUACUAUCAAUAAGACAUAUAAUUUAGGUAAUAAUAAUAAAUGUAAUGUAAGUUAUUUCAUUGUUUAUAUGGACAAAAAUAAAAUGUUUACAUAAAAAGAAUAUACAGCUAAUUUAAUAACAACAUAAAAGUAACCUUUGCCUAAUGAAGUCUUAACCCAUACCGAUAAAAAAUGUUGUUUUCUCAUAUGUAGUUAAUUCUUCAUUAUGUAUAUUAUAUUUGUCAAAAAACUGAUGUCGGAACCUCAAAUCAAGCAUUUCAGUCUAAUUUUUAAUUUAUAAUAAAAUGUUACAGACCGGA